AAUGUCAAGUGUGGUGUGUCAUCAUCUCAGCACUCAGGCAGUCAGCACAGCUGAAAUCAUUGCUUGCUUGCUAUCUCCAAAGAAAAAUCUUAAAACUGAAUCAAGAUUGGUACGCUUUGUUUGUUUAAUUAAAUCAAGCUAAAUAAGACAAAAUGUCAUUCCAGUCACCAAUGCCAAGUCAACAGUUCCUUUGGGACAUUUUUAGAAGAGUUGAUAAAGACAGAAGUGGAUACAUCUCGGCAGAUGAACUCCAGUUGGCAUUAUCAAAUGGCACAUGGAACCCUUUUAAUCCUGAAACUGUGAGACUCAUGAUUGGUAUGUUUGAUAAACAAAACAGGGGUGUGAUAUCAUUUGAAGAUUUUGGGGCUCUGUGGAAGUAUGUUAGCGAUUGGCAGAAUUGCUUCCGUUCGUUCGACCGAGACAACUCUGGCAACAUCGACAAACAGGAGCUGAAGAACGCCCUCACUUCCUUCGGGUACAGACUGUCUGAUGAAGUUGUCAACAUUAUGGUGCAGAAGUUUGACAGAUUCGGUCGAGGGACUAUACUCUUUGAUGAUUUCAUACAGUGUUGUGUUACAUUAUAUACCCUGACCUCCGCAUUCCGCCAGUAUGACACCGACCAAGAUGGAGUUAUUACAAUACAUUAUGAACAAUUCUUGAAAAUGGUGUUUGGACUGAAGUGCUGGCCGUAGAACGUCGCCGCUGCUGUCUCGAAUUCUCAAUAUUCGCCACUGAUUUAGGUAAUUUCACAGAAUUUUGAAAUACAAGUCAAAUAGAAGUGGCAUUGUCGCCAUUAGACCGCAUAAUAUACAUAAGCUGCAUAAUUCAUAAGAUCAUACAGUCGAAUCGAGUCUUCAUUCAAAUUUAGUUUUAAGGAGUCGUUGCGACAGAUGUUUUCAUUGUUAACAAAUGGCACUUCUAUUUGUCGUAUUGUUUUUGAUUCUGUGGUAAUUUAGCUUUAUGUCGAGGGAGGUUUGGUUUAAGAAUCUAAAGUUAAUACUAGUUGUUUAUACUUUUACACUAUUUUGGAAUAUCUUCUGCAGAUUUACUCGUUUUAUAAUAUAAAUAUAGUAGUAUAGUAAUGCUUUUAAGCAAUGCAUGACUGUAGGAUUUUUUUUAAUUUUCAGCAUGAAUAUGUAAAUUAUAGCUUUUCUGACCUUCGACAAAAUUUGGAUGGGUUUAUUAUAGUCACAAUUAGAUGAAACUUAGAGAGAAUAAACCCUUACUUAUAGCUUUAAGUGCUGUAGUUUCAAUUAUUUGUUUUAUAAGGUCAUAACUUUGACGAUAAACAUAAAAAUUUACUGAUUUUUUUUUAUAGUUUGAGAAUAUUAGAUCUGAUAUUUUGAGGGUACCCUGCACAGUAGUGCAUAUAAAGAAAAAGUGAACAGUAUCACUGCAUUGUUGAGAUGUCUUUCACAAACUCGUAGAUGACGGAAAGACUUAAAAUAAUAUGUGAAAGAAGAACUAAUAAGUUAGAAACCUAUUUUAAUUUUAGUAUUUUCAGUAUUUUAAUCCCUUGCCAAUGUGAGUGGACGUUAAUCUAUUCACAUUGGCACAAAGGAUUGACUGAAUGAUAAAAUUUAACUAAAAGGAAAAUAUAGUAACGGAAAAAUGUUAAAAUCUUGAUUUUGUAUUUUCUUUUCAAAACUUUUUGUGCGGUACCCUCGGUGGGCGGUGGGCCAUUUUUCUAAAAUACAAUUAUCUAUUGAAAGAUUUAUGAGAGGAACAAAAUGAUAAUAGUAUUUAUAUUUUUUACGAGUUCGUAAAGUUUAUCACUAGAGUGCAUGACAUGUUGGUUUUGCAAGUACAAAGUAGAUAUUGAAAAAAGUAAGUAUUGUUUGUGUAUGUAAUUUCAACUUUCGCUCACAACGCCAAAUUUUGUAUAGAAACUAUGUCUGUUACAAACAUUAUUAAAAGUUAUACGAAAACUGUAUUAGUUAAGAUUAUUAUAUGUAUUGAUAAUUGCACACAAGCACUAUGCUCAAAAUAAAUUUGAGAAACUGAAUAUUAUGUAGUCUAAAGAAACAGCUAAUUGUGUUAUUUUCAUCAUACUUUUGUUAUUCAUUCAUAAAAUAAUUAAUUAUAAUAGUUAUUGAGAUGCAAAUUUAUAUUUUUGUAAAAGUUUGUUGACAUUAUCGAAGCGGGGAUAUGGAGUGGUCCUAUUUUAGGGCGCAACCACACGCCAUUAUAUGCUAUCUAUAUGUUGUAAUGUUAUACUAUCUGUCUAUCUGUGUGUACGGGGAAACUGGGUGAAAUGGACCCAGUAUCGGAGGACCAAUCACCCGUCUGGUGCUCGCACCAGCGACCUCAUGAAGUAAUAUAUCUGUCUGUAAUAUAUGUAUUUUUAAAUACUUAUAUAAGUGUGGUAUCAGAUACCUCUUGAUAGCUACUUAUAUGAUUUACUUUUAAAAGCAUUUAUAUUAAUUUCUUGAGAUUAUUGUUAAGAAUAUCUGUUUGUAAUAAUACAUUAAUAAAUGGAUCUUACAAAACUAUGGCCACUAUGACUGUAA